AAUGAAGAGUAGGAUGAGAAACAGAGGUAGCCGCAGCUGCUUGCUUUUUGACUGUGAUUGGAGGAAAAAGCGUACAUGGAUAGGUUAAGUAGGCGCCGGCAAUAAAAAGGCGUAGGGCGGUACAAAAUGGGCAGACACGUGCGAAUAUGGGACGACGCCCAUUCAUUCACAAAUCCAACUAUUCCUACCUUUCCGUCAACUGAUUCCCUCCGGUUUGUUAAAACGCCGUCAGCUGGGGGACGGGCAUGAUCGCGGGCGCGGCCAAUACUCCACUCCAGACCCCGCCAUCGGGGCCUCUCUUCGACCCGUCAGCCACUCGCCAUUGCCUUUCCAACCCUUCCCCUCGCUUCACCAUUCGCUUUCCACCUAAGCCCUUCCCGGAUCCUGCUCUCUCGCUUUCCAAUCAUUCCAGGAUGGACUUGAUCGGACGCCUGGCUAAUAGUUUCUUCUGCAGCCUCCGCCGUCUGAAAGGCCUCAAGGUGGAGGCUGAUUUCUCUGGCGAGGAAACUUUUGUCCCCGAUGCCAAGGCGGCGCCCGAGCACCUUGUCAUCAUGGUCAAUGGUCUAAUUGGGAGUGCUGCAGAUUGGAGAUACGCGGCAGAGCAAUUUGUAAUGAAGCUUCCUGAUAAUGUUAUCGUACACCGCAGUGAGUGUAACACUUCAAGAUUAACAUUUGAUGGCGUUGACACCAUGGGAGAAAGGCUGGCUGAAGAGGUGUUAGCUGUCAUAAGGCGUUGGCCAGAGGUGCAGAAAAUUUCCUUUGUGGCCCAUUCUUUAGGUGGGCUUGUUGCAAGGUAUGCCAUUGGAAGGCUUUUUGAUCAUAUCCCUAAAUUGGAAUCCUCAGGUGCUCCUCAAAGUUUCUCUGCCGAAGAGCAGAAGCAACAGGUUGAGCAAUUCCAUCAUGCAAGAAUUGCUGGAUUGGAGCCUGUGAACUUCAUAACAGUUGCAACUCCACAUUUAGGUUCACGUGGAAAUAAACAGUUUCCAGUUCUUUGUGGUCUUCCUUUCUUGGAGAGAAGAGCUUCUCAAACAGCACACUUAAUUGCUGGGAGGUCUGGGAAGCACCUAUUCCUCACUGAUGAUGAAAAUGAUGGGAAACCUCCGCUUCUCCUAAGAAUGGUUACCGACUCCGAAGAUCUAAAGUUCAUCUCAGCAUUACGUGCAUUUGAACGUCGGGUGGCAUACGCAAAUGUGAAUUAUGAUCACAUGGUUGGGUGGAGAACGUCGUCUAUUCGUCGUCAACAUGAGCUCCCAACGUCAAGUGAGCUUACGACAAAUGACAAAUACCCACAUAUUGUCUAUGAGGAGCAAUCAAGGAUGGAUGACAUCUGCAAUAAAGCAUCGCUGGUUUUAGACCAAACACUUGACUUAGAAGAGGAGAUGAUUAGAGGUCUUAAUCAAGUUCCUUGGACACGAGUAGAUGUUAGCUUUCAGAAAAGCAGACAGAGAUACAUUGCUCACAGUACCAUUCAGGUGAAGAGCUAUUGGUUGAAUUCUGAUGGUGCAGAUGUGGUUUUCCACAUGAUUGAUAACUUUGUUUUAUGAAAAGAAUAUGAAACUUGGGAUGAGUGGUUUGAAGCGCAAUGUAAAUUUUUAGCAGCAAUAUAUAAUCAUGUAUUCUUUACUAUCGGUGCGGAAUCCUUAGAACAUCUUUUACUUUUUACCGUAUGCUUGUUGAUAGUGUUUCAUGAGAAAUCUUGUUUUGUAUAAACACUCGCAUAUUUUUGGUACCUGUAAUUAUUCCAUAUAUUGAGACAGUGGAACUUUGAGAUUUCUUUUGUGGAGUAUA